GCAAUAUUAACCAGCUCGAAACACAUCGAAAAGAGUUUCUUUUAUAAUAUUUUACACCCUUGGUUUGGUACUGGUCUUCUUACUAGUAAAGGCGCCAAGUGGCAUUCACGAAGAAAGAUAUUGACCCCUACAUUUCAUUUUAAUAUAUUACAAAAUUUUGUUGAGAUUUUGAUUGAAGAAGGCGAGAGCAUGACCAAGUCUUUGAAACAUACAGGAGGAACAGUUGUAAAAGAUUUAAUACCGUUUGUCAGUAAAUAUACGCUGAAUGCAAUAUGUGAAACUGCCAUGGGUACUUCUCUACAUGGCCAUGAUACGUUCCAGCAGCGGUAUCGAGAAGCGGUUCAUCAGAUAGGCAAACUUUUAAUUUAUAGAAUGGUGAGGCCAUGGUUGUAUAACAAUUGGAUAUUUUCGUUGACAUCAAAAGGUAGAGAGCAAAGAAAAAUGCUAAAAAUAUUACAUGGAUUUACUGAACAAAUUAUCGCUGAAAGAAAACUAUAUCAUGAUCGCACUAAUGGUCAAUACUUAAAAAGCUUUGGCAAUGACACGUUGGCAGAGAGAGAUGACGCAGAACCGAUAGGAAUACCAAAAAAACGGCUUGCAAUGUUGGAUCUUCUAAUAGCGGCAUCUCGUGAUGAUCUUAUGACUGAUUUCGAUAUCAGAGAGGAAGUCGAUACCUUUAUGUUUGAGGGUCAUGAUACUACAGCGAUGGGUCUGUGCUUUAUUUUGGCACUAUUAGCUGAACAUAGAGAUAUUCAGGAUCGUGUCAGGAACGAAGUCAAUACUGCAUUGCAAGAGAAUGGGGAGAAAUUUACAAUGAAAUUAUUGCAAGAUUUGCCAUAUUUAGACAGGUGUAUAAAAGAAGGAUUACGCCUUUAUCCUAGCGUAUUUCUAAUAUCACGAAUUACUGCGGAAGACGUAAAAUUACAGUCAUAUGUAGUACCUGCUGGAACAAUCAUAAAUCUUAAUAUUUACGCAAUCCACCGAGAUCCCAAUUUUUGGCCAAAUCCAGAAGUAUUUGAUCCCGACAGAUUCUUGCCAGAGAGAAAACGAAAUCGUCAUCCUUAUUCCUAUUUACCAUUCAGUGCUGGACCACGUAACUGCAUCGGUCAACGAUUCGCUAUACUGGAAUUGAAGGCGAUGAUAGCUUCUCUCAUACACAAUUUCUACUUGGAGCCCAUUGAUUAUUUAAAAAAUCUUCGGAUACAGGCCGAUUUGGUACUUCGCCCUGCUCAUACACUUUGCGUAAAAUUUAUCCCUGUCUGUGAAACAAAUGCAAGCCUUUGAAGCAAAUACCGAUUUAAUGAACAUUAUAGAAAACAAAGGAGAGGCUCCAUUUGUCUACAAAACAAUUGCUAAUAUUAUACCAGUAAAAACUUUGUACAAAAUUAUCGGUGUCAUUAUUGGUCACAA